CCUUACUCGCGUAUUGUCAUAAACGACGGUCGAAUAAAAAAGGAAAAGAAGCGAGGCAAGUGGUGUGUUGAGUUAAACGACAGACAGCGACAGUAGUGUAGCAGACACGAUAAAAAUAAAAGGGUAACCAACCCCAGAAACCUAUUCAUCUACUCUCUUUAGCUGCCCUUGUUCCUCCAAAAUUCUAUGUGGUGUUGCAGAUGGUGAUGAUUACUGCUUGGAUCACUGACCUUUUCACUUGUAUGGGAACAGUGGUUGUUUUGGAUGCUGUAUGAAACCCACACCAAUUAUUGCUGUGGAUGAACCUGCAAAGGGACUAAGAAUUCAGGGGCAGACAGUAAGAAAACCACACAUAUCAGAUGGUUUCUGGAGUUCAAGCACUUGUGAUCUGGAUAACAGCAACAUUCAAUCUCAGAGAAGUAUCUCGUCUGUCAGUACAUUAAAUCAAAUUCUCUAUCAUAGCGGUGGAACUUCUACCCCAGGCGCCAAUCCUGAAUUUGUAAACCCAGGUCUUCUUCUUUGGAAUGAGAGCAGGCUUCAGUGGGUUGGAAGUGGCAAAUCUAGGAAGCAUAGCCAACAAAAAAGAGAACCCAGACUAAAUUGGAAUGCAACUUAUGAAAGUUUGCUUGGGACUAGACAACCUUUCUCCAAGCCAAUACCUUUAUCUGAAAUGGUCGAAUUCCUGGUGGAUGUUUGGGAGCGUGAAGGGAUGUAUGGUUGAAACUUGAGAGGUUAAAAUGCUGAGUGCCUUUAAGUUUGUUUAUACUUUCGAUGGUGUAUUUGACUCCUGAAAGGCUUUCAUGUAUAGUUGUGCAGAGAAGAUUAAAAGAUCAAACACAAGUUUGUUCUCCCUUUGUAAUUUCAAACACUAAAGGCAAUCCUUUUGUUUUUGCCCUCCUGUAAAUGACUGUAUACCAUUUUCAAACUAUAAUCUGAAUUGCUUAAUGCAGAAGCUGUUACUUUUCAAGGUUGUAA